AUGCCGGCUAAGCGUGGAAGCGGGGACAUGGCUGUCCCAGACAUAACGGACGCGGCCGAGAGGAAAAGGGUCUUGAAUGUGCUGGCGCAGCGGCGGUAUCGUAAGCGAAAGAAGGAUCGCCUGCAGAGUCUCCAGGCGCAGGUUGAGAAGCAAGCAAAGGCUGCGGAGGGGAAGGCCGCGGACUCGACUACGAAUCCUCAAAUAAUCCUGACAGAGACCCUGCAGCCUUUACCUGACGGUCUAGAUUCGUCCGAGACGGUGUUUGAUCCGGCCAUCUUGAAUGAUCUGGACCUCGCUGUCCCCGAUAUAGCACCCUCCCCAACAUUCCUUUCAAUGAUAUCGACGCCGGAUCCAUCACAGGCUUUUGCAAUGCCCCAAAUACUAGCGAACGAUGACCCCUUUGCAUAUCUAUCGUCGUCGACGGCUCAGUUUUCUGAAGCCCUGAACCCAACAGACCCAAACCAACUCAUGUUCUGGCCUACCCCACACUCUACCGCUAUCAAUGCACCCUUGAACCUCUCCGACCAGCUGCAGACAUACCAGUCCUCGACCUUUACAUUCCCUGACGACCACACGCUGGAAAUCCCCUCUCUCAGGCUCCUCAACGCCGCAGUGAAGGUCGCUCUCCGCCUUAACGUCGCACACCUACUCUGGGACCUCACAGCCACAAGCCCAUUCUAUAGAUCUCAGAGCCAGAAUUCCGUCAGCCUUUCACUCUCCCCUCCAUCUCUGACAUCCUCCUCUUCUUCCUCAUCAUCUCCUUCGGCAUCAGCAUCAGCAUCAACCCCUCCACCUCCCACCCACGCUCAAGCCACCCAAAUCGACCCCCAGUCCCUCCCAGCCCACCUCCGCCCAACCCCAACACAACUCCUCCUCCCACACCACCCGCUCCUCGACAUCCUCCCGUGGCCCAGCACACGCGACAAACUAAUCCAGAUCUUCAACCUCCCCGUCGAACUGCGUCCCGAGGCGGCGCAAGACCCCAUGAGCCUCAUGCACCUCGCGUACGACAUGGAGGAUGAGAGCGGGGAAGGGGUGCGGGUUCGCGGAGACGACGUGUUUGAGGUGGGGGCGUGGGAGAUUGGGAACGUGGUUUUUCGGCGGUGGUGGUGGGCGUUUGAUUCGGUUUUGCUGGAUAGGUGGAAUCGGGCGAGGAGGGGGAGGGGGCAGGGAGGGUUGGUUGUUGAGGUUGGAAGUGAGGCGUGA